AUGUGGGAGAAUUAUUUGUCUGGAAUAUUUUCAAUUAAUAUUAUUUUAGUUGUGUGUUACGGGGGUGGGGGAACUGGGAAAACAUAUUCCCUUGUUGGCCCAGAUCUCACCCCAGCACUUCAUGAGGAACAGUUUGGGUGUAUUCCAAGGUUUGUUAGAUCUUUGUUCCAGUCUUUCCAAUCCCAAUCUCAAAUAAAGUUUACUGUCCUAGCUUCCUAUAUACAUGUUUACAACCAGGAGGUGAAAGAUUUACUAGCUGAGGGUUCAUGUACAGUACAGUUUGUAGAAGAUCAGUCCGGUACAACCAGGCUUCAGGGACUCACAAAGGUUGAGUGUUCGAGUAUUGCAGAAGUUCUCACAUGUUUAGACAUAGGUCAAUCCUUUAAUGAGAGUAAUCUACCCGAGUUUCUACCAAAUCUCCAGAUCUCCUCCCCUCUACCCCUCUCCCUUCAUCCUCCUGUUCACAGUAUAUUCAACAUCACGCUCAAACAGUCUUACAUAUCACAAGGGUAUCCUGUGUGUAAAGAAUCCUGUAUUGAGUUUAUAGAAUUAGCUUCAAGUGAUCAGCUUAAUCAAACCAACGGAGGCAUAAACUUAGGUCUUCUAACUCUAGGAAAUGUUGUGUCAGCACUUGGUGAUCCGAGACGUAAUGUUUCCUACGUUCCUUUCCAGGAUAGUUUACUGACUCGACUGUUAGCACCAGCCCUUAGUGGAAACUCAGUUACCUACCUUUUAACAACCAUCUCUCCAUUAUCAAAGGACUAUGAGGAAAGUCUCAGCUCUCUUUUGUUUGCAUCCAGAGCAGCAAAUAUCAGAACAAAUCCAUCCCCAAAUAUUUACAGGGUUGAUUUGGUUCCUGGGAAAGAAAAUGGUCAACCAAACUUUCCUAAUCAUCUCAUUGAAACAGACAUGGAUGAGGUUCCAAUACAUCCUGCAUUCGGAUAUAACAGCAAUAGAUUGUUACCUAGGGAUUUAGCAGUACAAAAACAACUAGGCCUUCUAAUUAAUAACACAGCACCUAACAUGAAUACCAUUCAUCAGAAUAAUGUGUUGUUGCACAACAAUUUGAUGUCCCCAAACAGUUUAUUGUCGCAAAAUAGAAUAAUAGCGCCAAACAAGUAUGUAACACAAAACAACCUAAUGUCACCAAACAACUUGAUGUCACCUAACAACUUGAUGUCACCCAACAACUUGAUGUCACCCAACAACUUGAUGUCAGCCAACAACUUGAUUUCACCAAACAACAUGAUUUUACAAAACAACAUGAUGGCACCCAAGAUGGAGUUUCCAACAGAGAACCCUUCUGUAGCGAGAAAUGGUAAUCAGUUUAUAAAUAUGAAAGAAUACAGAGCUCAGCAAGGAAAUCUUUUCAAGGGGAACAACACUGUUAAUCUUUUUCCUAGUCCAACAACAUUUCACCUUCAAAAUCAAAACCAUCAAAAUUCUCCAUUCGAUCCUUCAAAUCAAUCAACUUACAUUCCUCAGGUUCAACACAGUCCCAUUACUCACCAGCUCCAUUAUCCAAGGCUACCUGUGCCUAACUCACAUCCUUACUCAACCAGUCAUCCAGUUCCUAAAUUUAACUCUCCGAUUGAUAAUACUCAUUCAAAUAGUCAUCCACCUAACCACCAGCUUAUCAAUCACCCUUCUACUCCUGGUCACCAUCCUCAAUACUGGACCUCAACUCCACUAGAGGAUUUAGGCCACAGGAUGCACCCAACUAGCAAUAUGUUCUAUACUCCACAGAUGUCCAGCCAUCACAAUUCUCCUCACGAUGGGCAGUUGAUUAGCACCAGAACAACUCCCACCACUGUUUCUCCACUUCCAAUGCAGUCUCCUCUUGGGGUCAACAUGUACCUGCCUUCUCAGUUCAUAUCAAAAUCUAAUUCAUCCUUGUGUGAAUCAAUGUCUCUUCCUAGCUUUGCAUCUCAUACUCAGCUGAUGGGGAACCAGGGUCACAUGAUACUUCCCAGUAAGGAUACAGACAACCUGACUAAACCAAAGCCUGCAUCUAACAAUAUUAUAGAUGAGAGAUCAUUGAAGGAUGAAUCUAUGUUUCAUCUUCAUUUUGCCGCUAGUCAGUACAAAACCCUGGUCUCUGGGGCGGAAAAUAUACUCAGUAAUAUUUCUUCUCAUCAAACCCUCCAAUCAACUGCUAGAUCUGACAUACAGACCUGGAUUUGCAGAAAAGAAGAGUCUGAGCAGGCGAUUAAGAAGAGCGGUGAGGGAGAUAAACUUGAGAAGAUUCCAGAGGAGUCUGAGGACGGAUCCAACCUAUCAAACCUCUCCUCCCUCUCAGGAUCCUCUACAGAGGAUUCAGACUGUUUUAACUCCAUGGAUUCAGUCCAGAGUUUACUGAGUCAAGAGAGUUUAAUGAGUGGAUUGAGUGUGACAAGUGAUGACUGCGUGGUGAGUGUAGAGAGCGAAAAAAGUUCUCAGAGUUCGAAUGAGUUUGGAUCUGAAGCUUCUACCUGCUCUCAGCUGGAGACUAAACUACUCAAUAUUCAGGAUGAAUUCCAAUCUCAGAACUCAGCUUUAGUUGAAACCUAUCGGAAAAAUCUGCUUGAAGAUCUUGAGGUCCGAAACAUAAUUGCAAGUAUUCAAGUAACCAGAUACACAAGCGAUCCCAGUGGUGAAGAUCAGGAGAUAGAAACCUGUGUCCAAGCUCAAACUAGUUUCCAUGCUAAGGAGCUGGGCUCUCUUUCUGUAGAUAGUUCAAUUGUUACUAAAACAGAACCUGAAACACGCAAUGUAUCAGCAUGUAAUGAUCUAGCUGAAGUCGACCAGGAUGUAGGAGACUUGAUAGACCUUAGGGAUGAUACGGAAAAAAAGGAAGAAGACCUUAAGUCGGAGAAUGAUCUUGAAUGUGAUAAACUAGAUUGUGAUAAAAGAAAAGAGCUUAAUGCAAGACUUGCGAAGUUGUCAAGCAGUACCCGAAGUCAGGUAGGAGAGGUUCAACUUGUCUCAGACAAUCUGGACCUAAUGACCGCCCAGCUGGGAGACCUCAAGGGGGUGAUCAGGGCCAAGGAGGGACUCAUCAAUGACCUAACUAAGGCUGGUAAGGAGUCGGAGGAAGUACGACGGAGACUUGAACGGAAGCUUGGAGAGUUUGAGAGAGAACUGCGGAGAACUCAACGCGAUCUGUUCUCAGCUCAGAGUAUACUACGCAGGGUGGAGAAAACAUCAACUGCAGAUUCAGAUUCAACCUCAUUACAUCUAGAUUACAAGAAGAAUGUUGAUAAAUACAAGAAACAGGUGGAUGAACUGAAAGAAAGGGUGAAGAAUACAGAACAAUUGCUGGAAUAUACUAAACCCGAGGCGGGACAAAUACGUGAACUCAAGGAUAGUAUCAAACAGUUAACAGAUCAGCAUGAGCUCCUUAAACUACGUUACAAUGAGCAGCAGCAGCGGAAGUAUGAGCUAGCAGCUGCACUGGAGCAGGAUAAAGCUGUUAUAGAGCAGCUUAACCAACGGCUGGAGUACACGGAGAAGGUUCUUCAGGCUUCUCUAGAUGAAAGCCAGAGUAUAAAUGAGAAACGGGACUGGCUAUUGAAGGAGGAGGAGCGGUUGAAGAAGGUGGAGGAGAGGAACCAAACCCUUCACCAGCAGCUCAUCAGCAAGCAGAAGCUCAUUCAGUCCCAGGAGCAGGAAACCAGCUUCAUGCAGAUCAAGACGGAGGAUGGAGUAGAGAACCCAGGUGGGACUGAUAUGGUUGUGAUGAAACCUCCAGUCCUGGGUCAGGAUCUCAUGCAACCUGAUAUCCCAGCUCAGGUCCAAGAUCUCAGGAACAUCAGAGAUCUAUUUGUUAGGGAACGUCAAGAACUCGAUGAUAAACUACAGGAACUCAAGUUUUUAUCUCCCAUGGAAGAAUCCCGGAUGGUUGAGCUGGACGAGAGUAUUGAAGCGGUGGAUGCCGCAAUUGAUUAUAAAAACGAUGUUUUACUCGGGAGGAAUAUUGACUACUGUAUACCUUGUGGUAACCUCCUGGUGGACAGGCUGGUCAAUCUAGGGGUCGGGGAGACAAGAUCUCUUCUACACAAAUACUUUAUCAGAGUACUUGAUCUCAGGAUGGAAGGCAGGAAGCUGGAAGUCCAUGUUGAGGAAGUAGAAGAACAAUAUAAUGAAUUAGGAAGAUAUGUUCGAGAUCUGGCGCAUUCCUUACAACGAAGUAAAUUAGAUGCCGAGAGAAGACUUGUGGUACAGCAGAGGGAAUACCAGAUGAAAAUUAACCAUUUGGUUCAGCAGCUAGGAGAACAGGGCGGGGGAGGAGGCAGAGAAGAAGAAAAGAAAAUAAGAUCUUUAGAAAAAGAACUUCAUUAUUACAAGAAGAUCUGUAGAGAUCUCCGAGCAGCGAGCAACGGAGAUCAAGAAAUAGAGAUCGCCAGAGAUCACUCUAGAACGUUUAACCGACUAAAUGAGGUUAGGACGGAGCGGAGUGAGGAUGAGAUGAGCGUAGUUGAACAAUCUCACAUCCAGCAGUUCCAGAGAAAGCUUGCCAAGCUGCAGAGAAGGAUGGAGGUUACUCCGAAACCUACUGUAACCAGGGAGCACAGGAAGCUUAUCAUUGAGAACCCUGUCACUCCGGAGAACAUCUUAGACAGACAGAAAACAAGAAAAAAGAAAAGAUAGUGAAACAAGAAUUUUUCUUACAAUGAUUUACCCAUUUACUCAGUAGGGUGUACCAAAAAAAUGUUGCUCUGUAUAUUUUCCCAUUCUACUAUGUAUCCUAAGGCUCCCUACAUAAAAAGUAUUUAGACGACUAA